AUGCCUAACGAUCCCCCUGCAAUUGAUUCUUCCAGCAAUCCGCCUCUGGUGGUUUCUUCACCUUAUUAUCUUCAUCCAUCAGCUCAACCAGGUGCCGCUCUUAUCACUCCUACGCUUAAUGGUGACAAUUACCCCACAUGGCAUCGUUCUAUGUUGAUGGCUCUUGAGGCCAAAAAUAAAAUUGUUUUUGUUAAUGGCACCCUCACCAAGCCUACAUCAACAUCCCCUAAUUUACCAUACUGGAUCAGAUGCAAUAGCAUGCUUCAGUCAUGGUUGGUUCACUCAACUAUUCCAUCAAUCUCCCCCAGUCUUCUUUGGAUUGAAACUGCUCGUGAUAUAUGGCUGGACCUCCAUGAUCGUUUCUCACAGCACAAUGCACCUCACAUUUUUGAAAUCCGAAGGGCCAUCUCCACCCACGUUCAAGGAAUAGACUCUCUUUCAGCCUAUUAUAACACACUGAACGGUUAUCAUGAUGAACUAUCUUUCCUAUCGCACCUUGCCGUCAUGUACAUGUUGUGCUGUGGAAACCUUUGCUGA